AUGAAAUCCCCUACCUGUAUCCUCGUCGGUAUCUACAUUCUUAUCGGACAAGCUGCAGCCGUCGGUGUAGUUGGUACGGCCCCUGGUUUCGCGGCAAGCACAACCGGCGGAGGCUCUGCUACUCCCCAGUACCCGGCAGAUAUUGCUGAGUUGACGACAUGGCUUACGGAUUCCACCGCUAGAGUCAUCGUUCUCAACAAAGAGUACAAUUUCAUCGGAAGUGAAGGAACUGUCACUGAGACUGGAUGUCGACCGGCUUCCAAUACAUGCCCUGAUGAUGGAGGUCAAGAUGCUAUUAAUCAUGCAGACUGGUGCACGAAUGGCAAUGCUGGAACUGGUUCCACUUCUAUCUCAGUCACAUACGAUGCGGCAGGAGUAACUCCCAUCAAUCUUGGCUCCAACAAAUCAAUCAUCGGCAUCGGAUCCAGUGGUGUAAUCAAGGGUAAAGGUCUCCGCAUCGCCAACGGCGCAGAGAACGUGAUCAUUCAAAACAUUCACAUCACCGACCUCAACCCACAAUACAUCUGGGGUGGCGACGCCAUUACCGUUGCAGGCAGCGAUCUCGUCUGGGUCGACCAUUGCAAGAUCUCCCUCAUUGGACGCCAGAUGUUCGUCGCCGGUACUACAGCAUCCAACCGUGUUACCAUCUCCAACACUGAGUUCGAUGGCGUUACUUCUUGGAGUGCCACUUGUGACGGCCAUCACUAUUGGACUAUCUAUCUCACAGGCUCUAAUGACCUGGUCACGAUGAAGGGAAACUACAUCCACCAUACCUCCGGCCGUGGUCCAAAAGUCGGCAGCAACACCUUGCUUCACGCUGUCAACAACGAGUGGUACGCUGUCUCCGGCCACGCAUUCGACGUCAACGCCGGAGCCUACGUCGUCGCCGAAGGCAACGUCUUCCAAAACGUCGUGACCCCACUCUUAGAAAAAGUCGGCAGCCUGUUCGCCAGCCCCAGCACGAGCGCCAACACUGCCUGCGCCGCCUAUCUAGGCCACAACUGCCAGUUGAACGCUUUUGGCAGUUCGGGCACUUUUGUCGGCACAGAUACGGAUUUCUUUUCGGAUUUCAGCGGCAAGACAGUUGCGACUGCUAGUACGGCCAGUAGUAGUAUUGCGGCGGCGGCGGGUGUGGGUCUUAUUUAG